AUGUGUAUAAGAGACAGAUUCAGAGGCUACGAUUCAGAGGCUACGAGUCAGAGGCUACGAUUCAGAGGCUACGAUUCAGAGCUACGAUUCAGAGGCUACGAUUCAGAGGCUACGAUUCAGAGGCUACGAUUCAGAGGCUACGAGUCAGAGGCUACGAUUCUGAGGCUACGAAUCCCGCAGAUCAGUUACGCGUCGACGUCUACAGAGCUGUCCGACAAAACCAGGUUCGAGUUCUUCAGUCGCGUCGUCCCUCCCGAUAACUUCCAGGCUAUGGCGAUGGUCGAGAUCGUCGGUGCUCUGGGCUGGGAAUACGUGUCAACUCUGUCGGUCGAAGGUGGAUACGGUGAAAAGGGGAUCGCGUCGUUCAUCAGCCUGGCGGAGAAGGCCGGGAUUUGCGUGGCUGUCUCGGAGACCAUCUUAAGGACCAUGUCCAGGCCUGAGGAGUUCGAUGCGCUCAUCCAGCGACUCCUGAUGAAGCCAGAGGCGCGAGCCGUAGUUAUGUUCGUCGAUGAAGACAACAUCAGGAAAGUCAUUGCAGCAGUUACCAAGGCCGGAAAAAUUGGCCACUUUCUUUGGAUAGGCAGCGACUCUUGGGGGGCCAAGAGCUACCCUGUUAAAGAGCAAGAGGUCGCUGCUGAGGGAGCCAUCACCAUCCUGCCCAAGAGGACCGCCCUCAAGGGUUUCGACGAAUAUCUGCAGAAUUUAAAACCAAGGUUUAAGAAGAAAAAAUGCGAAGAGGUUGUGGACGGAGUUCUUAUCAAAAGAAAUUGCCGUAAUGUUUGGUUCAAAGAAUACUGGACGAAACAUUUCAACUGCACCUUCAACAGAAACGUGAGCAAUCCGCUUGACACCAGAAACGAUUGCACUGGAGAUGAGGUCAUCAUGACAGAGCAAGAGGGGCUCGUUCCUUUUGUGGUGGACGCAGUGUUCGCCAUGGCAACGGCCUACCACGCUAUGCUCGAGGACAAGUGCGGUAACAUCACCCUGUGUCCUGAGGUUGAGUCGCCGCCUCCAGGUCCCGAGUUCCUAUCCUACAUCCGCAACGUAUCCUUCAUUGGCAAGCAGGGCAGCAGAGUGAAGUUUAACGCGGACGGCGACGCGCCAGGGAGUUACUUCAUAUUUCAGUAUCAGAAAACUUCUGACAAAAACUAUGAGUAUGUGCGCAUCGGCAACUGGACUGAGAGCGAUACUGGAGGCCACCAUCUCAGACAUGCCGCUAAGAAGCAUUCUCACUCGAGACACUCCAGUCUGGAGCUGAACAGAUCGAAGUUGCAGUGGACAAGAAGGCAGCUCAAGAAUGAAUCUUCGGAGAACCCGGAAUCAAUUUGUUCCAGACCUUUCAGUCUGGAGCUGAACAGAUCGAAGUUGCAGUGGACAAGAAGGCAGCUCAAGAAUGAAUCUUCGGAGAACCCGGAAUCCAUUUGUUCCAGACCUUGCCCUCUAGGAUUCAUCAGGAAUUUCCAGACUAAAAUUACGUGCCAGAAGAUAUUUUAUGAUGCCUCGAUCGGUCUAAUGUGCACCCUAAUGACGGCCAUCAUCUUCAUGCGCUACAACACCACCCCCAUCAUCAUGGCGUCGGGCAGGGAAUUGUGCUACGUACUUCUUUUCGGCAUAGCACUUUGCUAUGUCAUGACCUUCGUCAUCCUCGCCCCUCCCUCCACCCCAAUCUGCGGGGUACUCAGAGUAGGCUUAGGCUUAGGCCUAUGCAUUUGUUACUCGGCCAUCUUCACCAAGACCAAUAGGAUCUCGCGCAUCUUCAACAGGGGAGUCAAGUCUAUCAAGCGUCCGUCCUACACCUCGCCCAGGUCUCAAAUACUCAUAUGCUUUGGUCUAGUGGGGUGCCAGCUUUUAGGUGUGGUUGCAUGGCUGGUGGUUGAACCACCCACCACAAAAGAGCUCUACCCAGACCGCAUGAUGGCGGUGUUGUCAUGUGGUACCUCCAGCAUUACCCUCAUCCUGAGUCUGGGCUACAACAUGAUUCUUAUCCUGCUCUGCACCAUCUAUGCCUUCAAGACCAGGAAGAUUCCUGAGAACUUCAACGAGGCAAAAUAUAUUGGCUUCACCAUGUACAGCACGUGCAUCGUGUGGCUGGCAUUCGUCCCCAUAUAUUUUAGUACCACUAGAGAUUAUAAGAUCCAACUGGCGAGCAUUUGCAUGUGCGUGAACAUCUCUGCGUCGGUGUCGCUAGGUUGUCUCUUCACACCCAAAGUCUACAUCGUCGUCUUCCAGCCGUACAAAAAUGUUCGUCAGGGCUCAGGUCAGGGCAAGGGGUCCAGCACAAACAAAAACUACGCCAGUAUGAAAUUUCAACCAAAAUCGCCGACAGCUCAAUCUGUUCUGUCCAGCAACCACUCGAGCAACCCCGCUACAAACGUGCUACUUCCCCUUCCCCCUACCCUCACCCUCACCCUACCCCCU